CACUUGUUGGUGGUGACUUGACUUUCCCUUGCUGUUCCUUCCCCUCCCUCUGCGCCGGCGCCGCGGGAGGAGAGGACAACAACCCCCACCGCAAGAAAAGCCUUCCACCCACCCACCUCCAUGGAUUUCCCCUCCUCUACCCUGCCUCCGCCUCCCUCCUGCUAGGCGGUGCCGUGGAGAUCCGCCGCCUCCUCUCAAAGGGCUCAUUCAUUCCCCAACGCCACCGUCCAUCCAUCCAUCCUCGGUCUGCGGUUGAGGGGCCAUAUGAAUUUAAGUGGCGGUUAGAAACCUACUACUCUACAUUGACACUGUUGGAAUUUGUGGUUUAAUUUAUUAACCAUUCAUGUUGCGGACAAAGCAACUCGGCACCCUAACUCAGUGUGCAAGAUCCUUCUACCUUAAUGGAUCAAGGUGUGGUAGCACAGAUGGAGCUUCAUGCACUUGCCCCGAGGAUGAGAAUUAUGCUCCAAAGAGGCAGGCUGCAAGAGGUAUCGAGCAGAAGUCUCGUUCAACGCACAGAGCUUCCUUGAAGACUCAGCCUCCUGUACAACAUGUUGUUGUUGGAUCAAUUGGUCAGUCUACUGCCCACCCAGCUCCAGCUGUUCAUGCCAUUCCCUCCACCUCACCUCCAGUAAAGGAGGCUGCAUCAAGCAACAGAAGCAAUGAUCCUCGUAAUCAUCAUAAGGUUCCAGGAAGUGCUUAUGUACAGCCAUCUAAGCAGACAGCCCGAAGCAUUUCUCAGUCUGGAAUUGCAGGAGCUGGUGUAUAUUCUGAGCUCGUUAAUUUAAGAUCGACAUCUAAUAAUGGAAGCACUGAUCAGGCUCCACAGAUGGGUACUAACUAUUCUUAUCAGACUUUAUCUGAUAACCGUUCUAAUAACAGAGCACAUAAUGAGGAUAGCUUUCCUGAGGCAAAGCUGCCUUAUAACCCUUCCAUGGGUAAUGGUUUUGAGAAGGGAGUCCCAAGAGCUGGCUAUGCAAGGCCAAAACAAAGUUUUUCUGGGCCCUCUGUUAUUGCUUCUGGUUCACCGUCACAAAUAAGGAAUCAAGGACGUGCUGGUCAGCAGCGCUAUGCAAACUAUCAUUCUAAUAAUUUCAAUUCAGAAGCCCAGCGGGAUGAAGUUCAAACUCGGAAUCCGUCAGGUCUGAAUGGCUUUAGUGGUUCUGGCAAUAAAUUUCAGAGUCCUACUGGAGCAAUAAAAGCUCAUGGCGGAGGUCCCCAAUCUAACUUAAGAUCAUUGAAGUCGCUGCGGGCAGUUGAACAGUACUAUCACACACUGCAGCAGAUGAAAUGGGGUCCAAUGACAGAACAUGUCUUGGAUAGUCUUCAUUGCAAGAUAGAUGCAUUCCAGGCUAAUCAAGUACUCAAGCUUCUGCAUGACCACACUAUUGCUCUUGGUUUUUUUCAAUGGUUAAAGGGGCAAUCAGGGUUCAAGCACGAUGGUCAUACCUACACAACUAUGAUAGGUAUUCUUGGACAAGCUAGGCAAUUUGGUAUCAUGAGGAAGCUUCUUGAGGAGAUGAGCAGAGCUCACUGCAAACCGACUGUGGUAACAUACAACAGAAUAAUACACGCAUAUGGUCGUGCUAAUUAUCUAAGGGAGGCUGUUAAAGUAUUUGAGGAAAUGCAGGAAGCUGGUUACGAGCCUGAUCGGGUUACGUAUUGUACAUUGAUUGAUAUCCAUGCUAAGGCUGGAUACCUGGACAUUGCAAUGGAUUUAUAUGGCAGGAUGCAAGAGGUAGGCCUCUCACCAGAUACUUUCACCUACAGUGCCAUGGUGAAUUGCCUUGGAAAAGGUGGUCAAUUGGCAGCUGCUUACAAGCUUUUCUGUGAGAUGAUUGAAAAUGGCUGCACGCCUAACCUUGUUACUUACAACAUCAUGAUUGCGCUUCAGGCCAAAGCAAGAAAUUAUGAAAAUGUUGUUAAGCUGUACAAGGACAUGCAAGUUGCUGGGUUUCGUCCUGACAAAAUAACAUACAGCAUUGUUAUGGAGGUUCUCGGUCAUUGUGGCCAUCUGGAUGAGGCUGAAGCUGUGUUCAUUGAGAUGAGGCGUGAUUGGACUCCUGAUGAGCCAGUAUAUGGUCUUUUGGUUGACCUCUGGGGCAAAGUUGGCAACGUCGAUAAGGCACUAGGAUGGUACCAAGCAAUGCUUCAGGAUGGUUUGCAGCCUAACGUGCCUACCUGCAAUUCACUCUUAAGUGCUUUUCUGAAGAUAAAUAGAUUUCAAGAUGCCUAUAUCGUGCUUCAGAACAUGCUUGCUCAAGGACUUGUUCCAUCUCUGCAGACUUACACCUUGUUGCUGAGCUGCUGCACUGAGGCUCAGACUCAGAUGGGUUUAUGCUGCCAGCUCAUGUCGAUCACUGGACACCCGGCUCACAUGUUCUUGCUGUAUUUGCCUGACGCAGAACCUGGUGGCCAGAACGUCAGGGAUCACACCAGUUAUUUCUUGGACAUGAUGCACAGUGAGGACAGAGAGAGUAAAAGGGGUCUAAUAGAUGCUGUCAUAGACUUCUUGCACAAGUCCGGCCUCAAGGAGGAAGCAGGCCUUAUAUGGGAGGUUGCCGCACAGAAGAACGUUUACCCGGAUUCCGUGAGGGAGAAGAGCUCGUCUUAUUGGCUCAUCAACCUUCAUCUGAUGUCCGAGGGCACUGCAGUAACUGCCCUGUCCAGGACACUUGCCUGGUUCCACAGGCAGAUUCUGACAAUGGGAACUGCCCCUGAAAGGAUUGACAUUGUCACGGGCUGGGGCAGGAGGAGCAGGGUGACCGGGUCGUCACUGGUUAGACAGUCUGUUCAGAAGCUUCUGAAUCUCUUCGAAUUCCCAUUCUUCACCACUCGUGGAAACACUGGCUGCUUCGUUGGCUGUGGAGAGCCACUCAACAAAUGGUUGCAUAAUCCAUAUGUUGAGCGCAUGCAUUUGUUGUAGUGAGGUUAUUGGCUGAGCCAGAAAUAAAGGACUUUCUUAAGCAGGUGCAGUUUUGUGGAACAAUUAGCUUGGAAUAGAUAAAGAUUCGCACCUGCUUUGAUUUGAUCCAUAGGGUGUUUUAGUCAGGUCAGGUGUAGUCUGGUAGUCUAAUAGUCUAUGCUUGGAAACUGUUUAAUGUGAUUGUGAUAACAUUUAGAGAUCUCAUUGUUCGUUUAGCAUGA